AUGACGGACUUCAUUCUGAGCGAAGUGGCACUGUAUAAUACCAACAGAUAUCAGCCGAUGGUCAAACGUUGGGCAAAGGGUAUAUUUCAAGCAGCAGAUGAAAACGAUGAUGAAGAGUUGAACGUCUUCGAGCACAAAGCCCUCCUUCAAGAAGGUCUGGACAAAGGGGAUAAACGGCGUCAUAAAUUGGCCCGCUUCUUUAACAUAUUGGACGCUGACAAUGACGGCUUUGUGGACAAACAUGAUUAUGUCAACAGGGCUGUUGAAAGAGCCAGAGUAUAUUUUGGGGCUGAUAAGAUCAAAGCUUUCAAUGAUACUGUCUCCAAAGCGUGGUCUUCCUUUUGGUCUAUCCCAGAAGACGACUUUCUGGAAAGAUUGGACGUGACGGACUUCAUUUUGAUCGACGUGGCCGUAUAUAAUACCAACAGAUAUCAGCCGAUGGUCAAACGUUGGGCAAAGGGUAUAUUUCAAGCAGCAGAUGAAAACGAUGAUGAAGAGUUGAACGUCUUCGAGCACAAAGACCUCCUUCAAGUAUUUAAUGUUCACCAAGGCUUCGAUGAUUCAUUCAGUUAUGUCGACGAAAAUCAAAGUGGUGGCAUCGACAAAAAAGAGUUUGUCAAAGCCGGUGUUGAUUUUUUCUGCAACGGUUAUGAAGAUUCGUUGUUUUUUGGUGCAUAA